CAUCCUCUUCGUCCUUCACCUAAUAACAAUUCCAUUUUUACUUUCUCUCUCACCUUUUAUUCAAAUCAUUACACAAAACAAAGAAACUUUAUUCACAAGCGUUUCACUGAACACAUGGGAGACAGGCACAAUGACUUGAACGGCGCCUACUACGGCCCAUCGAUUCCUCCGCCGAGGAAAGUCUCCCACAGCCACGGAAGAGGCGGCGGCGGAUGCUGCGGCUGCAUAGGCGACUGUCUCGGCUGCUGCGGAUGCUGCAUCUUGAGCGUCAUCUUCAACAUCCUCAUAACCAUAGCCAUCAUCCUAGGCAUCGCCGCUCUGAUCAUCUGGCUUAUCUUCCGUCCAAACGCAAUCAAGUUCCACGUCGCCGACGCCAAGCUCACGCAGUUCACACUCGGCGCGGACAACAACCUCCAGUACAGCCUCGACCUCAACUUCACGAUCCGGAACCCUAACCGACGGAUCGGCGUCUACUACGACCAGAUCGAGGUCAGGGGAUACUACGGAGACCAGCGGUUCGGUAACGGUAACGUCGCGCCGUUUUACCAGGGGCACAAGAACACGACCGAGGUGGGGAGUAAACUGUCGGGACAGAGCUUGGUGCUGCUUAACGGCGGAGAACGGAAGGAUCUGGACGAGGAUCUGAAGUCGGGGAUAUACAGGAUCGAUGCGAAGCUGAGGCUUAGGGUUAGGUUUAAGUUCGGGUUGAUCAAGUCGUGGAGGUUCAAGCCCAAGGUUAGGUGUGAUCUCAAGGUUCCUCUCAGUUCCUCUAAUGUAACCAGCGGGUUUCAGUUUCAGCGGACCAAGUGUGACAUUGACUUUUGAUGCUACUAGUCAAAGUCAAUGAUAUUGUCUUCCAAUUCCGUUUCAUUUAUAUUAUCUUUUAGAUUGUUUAUCUUCAUUAUUUUCGUACAUGGACUUUAUGUGAUAUUGUUGGAGAGGUAUAUGUUUUGUGUAAUAAUCUUUUAGUGUAUGGUUCCAUGUAAAUAAAAUAGUUUUUCUUAUAAA